AACAUAAAAAUUAUAAAGUGAUUAUAUGUGACUUAAUUUGGAGUAUAUUGAUUGUUCAAAGGUAGCUGUCUUUCUAUUUCUUCCCGGAUAUGUCAAGUUUUAAUGAUUUGAGCAAGGUAUGGGAGCUGAGAACGGUAACCACAGUAUACCCCACCACCCACCAACCAAGAUAAUCUAGAGCACCCUACCAUUGGGAGGAUUUAUGUGUUCCAGAAAUUUCUUUGGUAUAGUUGAAUAAUUGAGUAAAUAAAUCUUGAAGAAGUUACUGGAAGAAGUUGUGGCAUUUAGGAAUGAAGGGAGACACUAGUAUAGAUUUUUAGUAGAAAAAGUGUGUUUUUGUAAAGGUGUUAGGGAAGGGUUGAAAUUAUACGUGGUGCCUUUAAAUGGGUGGGACAUCACAAAGAAUUAUGGGAUCACCUGACAAUUUGGCAGGUUUUGAUAGGCUGGAGGCCGCCAUCUUUGGUAGCUGAUUGAUUCCCUGGGUAUCAAGAAGCAGGCUGUGUCGUCAAGCCCUCCUCAUUCCAUUCUGGCGGGAGCUCUGAGGUAGAUUGUGACGCGGCCCGCCGAGUCACUCCUCACCUCUUCCUCUUGCUGAGCUGAGCCUUAAGAUGGAAAAGCGUGAGUUUGGGAGCUAUGGCAACAUCUCUGUUUCGGGCGGGGCCAGUGCGAGCAAUAACCAAGUGCCUGAGGUAGGCCCAGGGCCUGCUUUCAAGAUCGUAAGAUCUAGGCCCCGAAUCCAGACCGUUUUGCCUUGUUGCACCAGCCAGCUGCUUAACUCCACUCUGGUUGACAACGUGUUCAAGAUUAGGGGCGUUGAGAUUGCCCAGGUCUCCAUCGUGGGGGUAAUCCGGCGGGCAGAGCAGGCUCCUAACUACAUUCUUUAUAAAAUCGAUGACAUGACUUUUAAGCCGAUUGAGGCCCGCCAGAAGCUUGGCAGAGAGAAAGCCAAGCAGGAUGUGACUCCGCUGCCGGUCGGAGUAUAUGCCAAAGCGUUCGGGGUCCUCACCAGCUCCGGGGGAGCAACGAUUCUUGAGGUUCUGAGAAUUCGCGUCCUUGAGGACAUGAACGAGUUCACGGCGCACAUUCUGGAGGUGGUCAACGCACACAUGAUGCUGGGUAAGGCGCAGCGAGCGUCGGCUGAGGAAGAUGUGCCUGUGGCCCCGCCACCGGUGGGGGACGCUGCCGCGGUUCGUGGCCAGUGCGAAUUUAACUCGAUCGUGAAGGAAGUGCUGCGUGUGAUCCAGGAGUGUCCCCUGCUGGAAGGGAAGAGCGUGCCCGAGCUGCAGACUGAGCUGUGCGCAGUGAGUGCCGAGGCUAUCAAGCAAGCGGUCGAGCACCUGACCACCGAAGGCCACAUUUAUCCUACUGUGGAUCGGGAGCAUUUUAAAUUUGCUGGUUGAAGCAGGGAAAACAACUUUUCAUUUUCUGAAGAGGCUUGCCUCCAGCUGUGACUAAUUUUGACCUGUUGACUUUUAGGAAGUAGGAUUUUUCAACAAAAUCUCAACUGGCGUCUUCUGACAACUUUUCGAAGUGCUUUGAACUUUCCUGGUUUUCUAACUGUAUUUGAGGCUCAGAGGGAGACCUGGAUGGAUAAAUUGACUGGAGUUUGUGGAAUUUAUCAGCAAGAUAAUGAAAAUACUCUACCAAAGUUGAAUUUGGAAGAGAAAAGCUACAGAAAAAAUAGAAUUCAUUGUUGUGGGGGAGUUUCCUUUACUAAGUGUAUGUCAGGGAGCCAGCCAAAAGAGACAAAAAAGGGUUUAUAUUUUACUUGUUUUUAUACUAGUCUUAUUUUUCAUGUUUAGAUUUAGCUUAUUAUAGGCAUAUUAAUAUUUAUUCCUAAAUACAGUAAUUCUUUAAUUCAAAUGUGCUAAAAAUAGUAGCUCAUGAUUUCAAAUGCAGUUGAAGCUUGAGUGAUUUGCUGUUGUUACCGUGGAUUUAUGUUAUCUUCAAAUAAGAUUACACUGUAUUUAAAUAAAUCAUUUUGUAGAGUUAUCUUUAAAUUCAUUUUUCUUAACAUAUGUUCACAUUUAAUGGUUUUCAAGUGUGAUGUGAUAUUUAGAUUAAAUGACUAUUAUAAUUACAUAGUACAUGAAUGUCAUACUUUCUCUAAGUUUGAUGUGCUAGUGUAUUAUCUAUAUUAUUAAAUGCUCAGUUUUAUGUAAAAUGAUAGUUUACUUAGAGGUUAGACAAACAAAAGAUCAUUACACGAAUAUAAAACUUGGUAAGUUUAACAGAUACUUAUUCAAACGUUUUAUUACAGUUGUUUUGAAAAUUGUAACUUUCCUGUAUAAUUUUUUUCCAAGUACAUUUGAAUGUCUUAUAACCUUGAGGAAUAGUAGUUUUUUUAAUCCAGAAUAACUUGGUUUUUUACUUUACAUAAUACAAAUAGCAUGUUACAUCUUAGUUUUAAUACAUUUUCAUUUAAAUUAAUUAUGUGAGACCUAAAUCAAUAACCAUUAAAGUAAGCUCUCAGUUACUCAUAUAGUAUUUCUCAUAGUUCUAGUUUUGUUUAUG